ACUCUAUUACCAAGCUCUCUACCUUCAAGCUAGCUGCUACAUCAGCUGAACAUUCGCAUUAAUUUAUUCGAUUGCAACUUCACUUGUUCAUAGUUCGUUGAGCUGAACAGGAAAAGCUAUAUAAGCUAGCUCCCCCACAAUCCAAGUUACAUCCACUCCACCGAGGGCUUUUGACAGCUACCAUCACCAACAACACCAGUAACAGCAACACUCCCAGUCGUAACUGGAACCUCACAGCUGCACCACUUCUAUCACACAUUAAACUCUCGUCGCCAUGCUUCACAAGACCCAGCACGGGCGCGAUGCCCACCAUGAUAUACUGACGCGAAACUCGGCCGAAAUGCUCGAGCAGGGCCGAAAUGACGGCAAGCUCCAUGUGCUACUGGCAGCAAGCGGGUCUGUAGCGACCAUUAAACUGGUCCAGAUCAUCGACGGGCUUUGCGAGCACAGGAACUUGUCCAUCCGCAUUAUCCUCACCGGCUCGGCGGUGCAUUUCCUUGCCGGCCAGUCGGCCGAGCAGCCCACCGUCUCGGCCGUCAACUACAUGCCCAACGUCGACGCCGUGUAUACGGACUCCUCCGAGUGGGCCAAGCCGUGGAAGCGCGGCGCGCCUAUCCUCCACAUCAACCUUCGCAAGUGGGCGGACGUUCUCGUCAUUGCGCCGCUAAGCGCCAAUACCAUGGCCAAGAUGGUGAACGGCAUGUGCGACAACUUGCUGACGUCGGUGAUCCGCGCCUGGGAUGCCACAGGAACGGUCGACGGCGGCACCAUCAAGAAGAUUGUUGUGGCUCCGAGCAUGAACACCGCAAUGUGGAGGCACCCAAUUACGGCCAAGCAAAUCAAGACCCUUGAGGAAGAAUGGGGAGGUGAGAAUGGCUGGGUCGAGGUUCUCCGGCCUGUGUCGAAGGCGUUGGCAUGCGGAGAUGUCGGCGAGGGCGGCAUGGUCAGCUGGGAAACCAUCGUGGCCGUCAUUGAGGAGAAGGUUGGGCUGCGCAAGAAAUGAUGGAUACGAUACUGUAUUGCGAGGGUUGAUAUUGGUUGAUGUUGUCGUCAUGUACACGGCGUUGGUGGGAUUACUGGGAUGAGGAUGGCUUGGGAUCUAAUCGGCGUGUGCCAACACCAAAAUGAAAGUUCAAUAAUUUAUACAAGCCCAGAUAUGUUCAUUUUGAACAUUGACAGUACAUAGAUAACGUGCUUCAUGCUUGAUGCAA